AUGCCGGGGUUCGCCGACUCCUUCUGGUCCAACGACUAUGCUGGGGGGCUCGGUGUCUUGUUUGGAAAGCUCCAGCAAGGUGUCAUGGAAGACCGACAGAUCUUGACUCUUGCGCGACUACGAGCCGAAGCCGAGGACGUUUAUGGCCAGCGCCUGGCAGACAUUGCCCCAGCCGCUGACCGCGUCUCCGGUGGCUUCUCCCGAGAUGAUGGCGCUACUGUCCGCAAGGCAUAUGACGGCAUGCGAACCGAAAUGCAGGAGGCUGCCAAAAGCCACCAGCGCAUUGCCCAAAAUAUCCGCGAUCUCGUUGUUCACCCCUUCGCUCGUUGGUGCGAGGCUCACGAAGCUCGCAUCCAGGACUCGCAAGACGAUUUACAAGCCCGUACGAAAGCUCACGACCGACAGGCCGAAACUGUUAAGAAAUUGCGCUCCAACUAUUUCAACAAGUGCCGCCUAGUCGAAGAUCUCGAGGAGGAGAACAAACUUGCUUUCCAGGAGCCCGAGUCAAGCCCUAAAAACGCUUCACAGAUCCCCGAAAUCAAAGUCCAGCCUCACAAAGAAGAGGAGAGCCGUGACGACGACGACGUCUUUGAGAUUGGCGACGAGAUCUACCAACCCGAUCAGCUCAAAACAAUUCUCUCCAACAUGCUUUCGAAUAUCAAGAUGGGAGAGACCAAGGUGCCCAUUUUAGGCACCUAUCUCAACACUUCAGCUGGCUCUGAUAUUGUCGAGUACCUCCAACGCACCAUGGCCACGAGCAGUGUGAGCUAUGCCGAGCGCAUUGGUCAAGACCUCAUUUCCAACGGCUUGCUUCGCCUAAUUGGAAACGUCGGCAGCACCUUCGCCAAUAGCUCCAGAAUGUUUUACCAGUGGCGGCCAAAGGCAUUUCGUUUAGCUGGCGUCCCAGAGAAGAAACAGACACUCAGCCGCACAUUUUCUAUGCCCAUUUCAGAGUCGAGCGACUCUCCCGUUGUCGGUACUGUCACCGAAUACCUCGCAAACUGGAACGUUCUCAACAAUUCUCACCCCAACGAGACCCCCGCCCAGCGAUUGCAGAGAGAAGCGAGAGAAUCCGACGAGAAAUACAAGUCCGCCGUCAAGAAGCUGGAUCAGCUCAGAUGCGAUCUCGAACAGUCGAUUUUCAUUCACCUCAAGUUCCUCGAGCAGUGUGAGCUGGAUCGCCUCAAAGCCAUCAAGACUGUCAUACUCGACUUUUCAGGCACAAUCAGCAACGUUAUCCCCAGCCUGCAAUCCACAGUCGACAAGAUGAUGUUGUUCCAAGAGACUGUCCAGCCUUUGGGAGACUUACGAUACCUCUUGGAAACCUAUCGCACUGGUGGCUUCGCCCCUCGAGUUGCUGUUUAUGAGAAUUAUUACAACAAGGUUGAUGACCAGAUAUUUGGCGUAGAUCUCGAGGCCCGCGCACGUGCUGAUAGGAAACGCGUCCCCGUCAUUGUGACUGCCAUCUUGACCUACCUCGACCACCACUAUCCCGAUCUUGAGGGUGAUGAGGCCAGACGAGGCGUUUGGCUCGUUGAUGUUCCCUUGGCGCAGACGCACCGUCUUCGCGCAAAGAUUCACAACGAUGCUACAGUCUCCCAGGAAGUGUUUAGUGACUUUGAUAUACCUACUGUCGCCAGUCUGCUUAAGCUCUACCUCCUCGAACUUCCUGACUCUCUUGUAUCUACUCAUGUCUAUGAAAUUGUGCGCACCAUUUACAUGACACCCGCCGCCGAAAGCACUGACGCAUCGCGCAUCGCUGUUUUGCAACAAACGCUGUCCCAACUCAGACUGUCCAAUAUUGCAACUCUUGACGCCUGCAUGAACCACUUUACCCGGCUGAUUGACUUGACUUCUGCCGAUGAUGCAUAUGUCACUUCACUUGCUACUACUUUGUCGCGCUGCAUCCUCCGCCCACGCGUCGAGACAUCACUCACCAUGGAAGAGAAGCAUGCCAUCAGGUUGGUUCGUGACCUGUUUGCGCACAAGGAUGCCAUCUUUAGCGAACUGAAACGCAUGUCGACGCUGAAUCAUUCCUCGUCGGUCGGAAGCAACCGGCCUCGCGCUAUCAGUACAAACGAGAGCAACCGCAAGGCCCUGAUGGAGGAGCGAAACAGAGCCUUGUUGGAAAAGGCCUCGGCGACCCGCGGCCGCGCUACCAGUCCUGCUCCCGGGACGCGACACCGCCGGGAUCGUAGCAGCGGGGGAGCCGAGACCCGGUUCCCAAUCCAGACCAGUCCGACCGCGAACAACGAGAGACACAGAAGCAGCCUGGGCAGCCAUCUGGCUGGCACUGUGAACCGCAACAGCCUAGAGGUCCCCGCAGAGGGAACCUCGACGCCGCCUGAACCUGUCAACGGUGGAAUCGCGGAUGAGGCUGCCGACCGCGAACGCACCGAUAGCUUGACCAAGGGCACCCCGACGAGGUUUGUCGGCGGCCGCCGCGUGCCCAACUCGCCUCCAGUCGAGGACGUCGUUCGCGGAGUGACACUCGAGGAUAAGCCCAUGGACGACUAG